AUGCCGGUUUGUCGCAGGCCGAUCGUCGUGCUGUACAACUUGUUCAAGAACACCGUCAUGGACAUCGCCUGGAGCGAAGACGGCCACAUCCUGCUAGCCUGUUCCAGCGAUGGAACUAUUGCUGCAUGCAGCUUUUUGCCCAGUGAACUCGGGCGACCGUUGUCACCGCCGGAGAAGUUGGAUCUGCUGCGGCGGUACUAUGGCAAAGUCAGUGUAACCGUCAAUGCUUCAGCAGACCCACGUGACUACUGCUUUACCAACACGGAGGUGAUAGAAAAUCCAGAGAUUCUGGCCCUGAGACGACAGGAGAAAGAAAAGCGUGACCAAAGCAAAGCCAAAAAUGGUACAGCUGGUUUGAAACCCGCCGAAGUGACCACCCCUUCAAAUACAGACAGAGAAGCACUUCUGCCGCCUCCUGCUGCAGAGGUGAAACCUGUUGCCACGCAGAUCGAGGUUCGCACGAAAGAAGGCAAAAGGAAGAUUACGCCCGUUUUUCUGGGUUCCAGUGUUAUUGCUGACAGUUCCAGCUGCUGGUUCGACUCUAGCUCUACCACGUCAGCGGCAAACAUCGAAGCGGUGGGCACCGUUGCUACGGUCUCGUCCACUCAAAGCUCGAUGCUACCGAGUAGCACUACUCAGAGGUCACCAACGAAAUUGGGGAACACCUCAACACAACCAUCGACGGUGACAAUCAGCACUAACCUUGUUGCUAAAUCAGAUGCCGAAGAAAUUGUCGCUGGUGGCAGAGCUGGUGGAACGAGUCUGUCCGUGCGACCCAUGAAGCGAAUUCGUUUGGAGCGACGAAUAAGCUCUUCUGGUGACGAAGACACUUCAAAGGUGAUUUCAGUAACGCAGUUUUUCAGAAAGAAGUCUUAUUUGGACUUGAGUCUCAUCGAUUUUUCAGAGUGUGGGUACCACACCUGUGAAACCUUUAUAUGUAUUUGCAACAGAUCAGUUUAUUAAAG